AUGGCUGCCGUCGCUCCCAGCUGCUCGCUUCGUGCUUCCACUGUCCCAUCGACCGUCGCGGGCGUACACAGACGCCGUACGAAUGCCUGCCAUACCAUUCAACAACCGUCCACCAUUCUCCCCGCAAUUUCCGGCGUUUCCAGUCUCCGGUUGUCCGUCGCGCCCUCCACCCGCGUACUCCCCGCCCCCUCCUCUCAACACCGACACAGCCGCCAAUCCACCUACUCGCGCGUCGCGGUAAUCUCCGCUGCGGCAGCGAGCGACACUCCCGAGGACGCGUCGCCCGCUUCCUCGCCGUCAAACGCGCCGGUAGAACGAGUCCUCGUCGUCGGCGCAUCCGGCGGCGUGGGUCAGCUAUGCGUCGCGUCGCUCGUAGCUAAGAACCGAGCCGUUCGCGCAUUAGUUAGGAGUGUUGAGAAAGCCGAGUCGCUUUUCGCGGACGCGCCCGCGGAUCUGAUUCAGAUCGUGACCGCAGAUCUCCGCCAGCCUGGCACCAUCUCCCCCGCGCUCUUCACUGGAAUUUCCGCAGCGAUUGUCUGCGUCGGAACGACGGCGUUCCCAUCCAAACGGUGGGACGGAGACAACGGCCCGGAGCAAACAGGUGCGUUCCCAUUCCAUGCUCGUUGCGACAUUGCUGGUGUGCGGCGCGUUUUCGAUUACUGGGAUGGCGUGUGCUGGCCAUUGUUGGAAUUCUUUCGUUCCCGUCCAAACGGUGGGUCGGCGACAACGGCCCGGAGCAAACAGGUGCGUUCCCAUUCCAUGCUUGUUGCGAUCUUGUCCGGUGUGCUUUCGGUUAUUGGGAUGUGUUGUGGGCCAUUGGCGAUUCUUGCUUUCCUGUCCAAACGCUGGGACCAAGUCAAUGGGCUGGGCGAACGGACUACAUCGGAGUACCCUCUAGCGGCGCUCCCCCAUGACCUGUCCCGCAUUGUCUUGGUCUUAUCAGCCGGCGUCAAGCGCUACAACCAGCUGCCCUACUCCAUCCAUUCAUUUCCUCACAUGCUCAUGUCACCCUCUUCCUCCCCUCUCCCUUUCGCCAGAUUAUGUCGGAACUACAUCGGGGUGAAGAACCUCCUAGCGGCUCUUCCUAAAGACCUGUCUCGCAUCGUCUUCGUCUCAUCAGCCGGUGUCGAGCGCUACAGCCAGCUGCCCUACUCCAUUCUCAACCUCUUCGGGGUUCUCAAGUACAAAAAAAUGGCUGAAGACCUCGUAAAAUCCUCGGGCAUCCCGUACACUAUCCUGCGCCCGGGCAGGCUCACAGACGGACCCUACACCAGUUACGACCUGAACACGCUGCUCAAGGCAACAGCCGGGAUGAGAAAGGCGGUGGAGGUGAGGAGAGGGAGCGAUACGUUUUCAGGGGAGACGAGCCGAGUGGUGCUGGCAGAGGGGUGUGUGCAGGCGCUGGGAUUGAAGGCGGCUGAAAACGAGGUGUUUGAGAUGCUGUCAGUGGAAGGGGAGGGCCCGGGCGGGGAUGAGAGUGCAUGGGAGAAGAUUUUUGCAUCUGCUCCUGCUGGCAAGUGA